AUGUUCGAUCUCCCGAACGCAAAACGCGUUCGUCGCGAAGACAUCCUCUCCCGCGCCUCGUCAACCUCCCGAUCGCCCUCCCCGCAACCAGAGUCCGCGAAUCCCGACGCGCAGCAACGUCUCGCCGAACUGCUAAACCUUGACACGUUCAUCGCAGACCAACCAGAGCCCACCGGACAAGACACCCAUCCCAACCAAGAAGGCGUCCUGAGCAAAGGAGAAGGAGAAGCAGGGGAGGAGGAAGAACAAGAGUUCGAGUUCCGACUGUUCAGCGCGCCGGCAGCGCCUAAAACGCAAGCGCAAGCGGAAACGACCAACGGUGCCGCCGAUGGAAACGACGAUAAAGCCCCCGGGGCUCAGAAACUGCGCAUCAGGCUGCGGUCUCCGACUCCGGAGACCGGGGAGGGGCGCUUCGUGAAUCCGUUUCGGGGAUGGGGGUACUAUUUCUCGACGCCGACGUUGUCGGGCUUGAAGGUGGACGAGGACCCGCAGUUGGACGCGAGGAAGAAGCAGUUUGCCGAUGUGGCGGUGUCCGGGGAUGAUAUGUUGGCGUGGGCUCGGGUUUCAUGGCCUGGAUGUCAUCUGCCAUGGCGAGUCAUUCGCUUGAACAGACAGCAUACGAAACUCCCGAAGGAGUCGAACGAUGCCAACAUUAUCGCAUACAACGCGGAAAGCGAUACCAAGACACCCAAAUCCCACAAGAAGCCGGGUAAGAAGCGGCGUCUACAGCUGCGCAAGCGCGUCAAGGCCGCGGAGCAGGCGAAGGAAUCAGAGGCGGAAAAACGGAACCGCAAGAACCGCGAGAGGAAGAUCAAAAGGAGACAGAAAGCCAGAGAAAUCAAAGCUGCGACGGCGGCGGCCACAGGCCAGCCUCUACCCGUUGAGAUGGACGAAGACGUAUCCUCGCAGGAAGAAGACAAUUAG